AUGAAAAUAUACAUCAACAUCUUUUCGGUUAAAAAAAACCAAUCUACUAUCUUCUUAGUUGUAUUUUUCAAAGCUGAAAGUCACGUCACUACUCUGGUAGUGUUAUCUCUCCACUUUGUUGGGUCUAUAGCUUCACUUAGCGCAGCUGUUAUGGGGAGACUUGUGCAGUCACACCAGCGAACUGGCUCCGGAAAGACAUACACAAUGGGAAGUGGCUGGGAGGGGGAGGGUGACCUUGACGAGGACAAAAGAGGCAUCAUUCCUCGAGCAAUCCGUGACCUGUUCACUGGAGCUGAAGAGAGGGCAGAAGCUGCCCGCGCGCAGGGUCAACUUCCGCCCGAGUUCUCGGUCCAAGCGCAGUUCAUUGAGCUUUACAAUGAAGACAUUGUGGACUUGUUAGACCCCGCGAAGGAUCCUUAUGCGAAGGGUAAUUUAAAAAUAACAGAAGAUGGUUGCGGUGGAGUAAGGAUAAUUGGAGCGUCCAUUAGAGCUGUCAGAGGUGCCAAAGAAGCCCUAGGAGCACUCCGAGCCGGCGCGUUAGCCCGGACCACAGCAGCCACGAACAUGAAUUCAUCAUCAUCAAGAUCUCACGCGGUUUUCACACUUCUCCUAAGACAGAGAAGACUGGCAGAUCACGAAGGUGUGAAAGAGAUGGAGACAGAUGCCGAUGCUCCCGAACAAUAUGAGACGUUGACCGCUAAGUUCCAUUUCGUGGAUCUGGCUGGUUCAGAACGACUGAAAAGGACAGGAGCUACAGGAGAACGGGCCCGUGAAGGUAUAUCAAUAAACUGUGGUCUUCUAGCGCUAGGGAACGUGAUAUCAGCAUUGGGAGACAAGUCCCGCAAAGUGAUGCAUGUACCAUAUCGGGACUCUAAACUGACGAGGCUUCUGCAGGAUUCUCUUGGAGGUAAUAGCAACACAGUUAUGAUAGCGUGCGUUUCACCCAGCGACCGCGACUUUAUGGAGACGUUGAAUACGUUAAAAUACGCGAACAGAGCCAGGAACAUAAAGAACAGAUGUGUGGUCAACCAGGACCUGACUUCGAGGACUAUACACCAACUGCGACAAGAAGUUGCCAGGCUGCAAUUGGAGCUGACGGAAUAUAAGCAGGGCAAACGCAUCAUAUCAGAAAACGGCGAAGAAGGCUGGAGUGACGUAGUUCAAGAGAAUGCUAUUUUGCAUAAUGAAAUCGAAUCUCUACGACGAAGACUGCAUGCCCUGCAGGGGACAGUAGACAAGCUGUCUGCUAGGAAUAGUGAAUUGCUGGCUGAAAAGGCCUUGGGAGCUUGGGGACCGAAAGAGGGCAACCCUGACGCGUCUGAGUGCAAUCUUACGGCUUUAGUACAGGGUUACGUAUCAGAGAUAGAAGAUCUUCGGGCUCAGUUGAUGGAAGCAAAUGCGUUGUACGAAGCUAGCAGACGACGCGAAGCAAGGACCAGACACGAUUCUUCUGUUCUCGAUACUUCUACCAUCAUUGACGAUGCGAAACGAGAACUUUAUAAGGAGAAAGAGUUGUUAGCACGCAGUAUGGGUGAACUAGAAUUCCAACGUAAAUUAACAGAAGUGCCAGAGCCUUUUGGGGAGAGGGAACGAGCUGAAGGCGAAAGUGCUGGUGAUUCUGAACCCUCGGAAGAAGAGGAGAGUGAUUCUGAAGAGGACAAUGAGAUGAAAGGUCAACAACUCCUAACGGCGCAGCUUGCGGCCUUAAGUGAAGAUAUCGACACGAAGGCUCGUUUAGUGGACCAAUUAGAGGCAUCUCAAAGGAGAUUGGCCGCGCUGCGCACACAUUACGAACAAAGACUGGACCAUUUGCAUCAGCAGAUCAAGGCUACGGGAGAGGAAAGGGAUAAAGUUCUUGCGUCUUUGGCCUCUCAGUCAUCGCCGCCCAGUGAUAAACUCAAACGUGUGAAAGAAGAAUACGAAAGACGAGUCUCCAGUAUGUCCCGAGAGUUGAGGCGACUUCAAGCAGCUCAGAGGGAACACGCCAGACUUCAGAAAUCCCAACAACACACCGCACACCAGAUUCACUCUCUACGGAACGAGCUCCAGAAUUUGAAGCGAGAUAAGGUGAAACUAGUACAAAGGAUGAGGAUGGAAUCAAAGAGACACGCCCAAGCAGAAGCAGCUAGAGCCAAAGAAGUAGCCCAGCUACGAAAAGAAUCUCGCAAAAAUGCCAACUUAAUAAGGAACUUAGAAGCGGAGACCAAACUAAAAGAACAGGUGUUGAAAAGGAAACAAGAAGAGGUUUCACUACUCCGUCGCGGGCACAGGGAUAAACUUAGCAGUAGGGCAGCUGGACGACUGCAUGAUCGCAACCGUGGGCGAGCCCGUAUGACAGGCCGUGAAGUUUGGUCGCGUUUGGAAUGUUGGUUAUCCCGCGCCUGCGCAGCUCGUACUACGUUAGCGGAGUUGGAAGUGACCCUAGAACACCAGUUGAAACAGAGAGACACCGUUGGAGCCUCACAGGUCAACGACCCGGACUCGAAGGCUCUACUCGCCUACCUAAGAGGAGCUAUUGCGGAAACACAGUCGCAGAUAAUGCAGAUUGAGGAAGAGAACGAAGAAAACGAGCUCCCUCGAGUGCUGGAACAGGUAGAGUGUGAGGCGGCAAGAUACACGUUAGAGAGAUUGGCGGCUGUGGCCUUACAACACGCCCAUGAAUCGGCAAGAAAUGGCAAGACUCUUCUCGACACUCGGGCUAGACUUGCUGAGGUGGAAGAGAAAUGUGAACAAACAGCCAGUGCAUUGCGUGCCGCUGACGAAAAUAACUUGAAUCCGUGGAACAAUUCGCAGGCUUUUGCUGCUUUGUUAGCUCAUGUCUCUUCUGGUACUUCUACAAGAUCUGUCUCACCUGUUGACAGCUCGCUAUUAGACACUCGCCCUCCAGUGCUCGGUGUGAGAGAAACAAACACUGCGCCUGCAUCUCCGCCUGAUGAUAAUUCACCAUUCCAGAGAAACACGGUACGUCGUGGUUCCGUUCGUCUGCGGGACUUAGGUGUAUACAGUCGGGAUGAGAACGUGGACCCGAUGACCCAGUCUUUAGUGGAACCGACGUCUCCAAAACCAGUGCCUCUCAGCAGAGUUCCCAGUGCGCCUGGUAGUCUCAGAGGACUACAACCAAUCAACUCACAGUUGUCAUCUCCAGUAGCCAAUCGCCGAGCGCCACCUGAAAGCCCCCGGCCAAUCAGAAGACAGCACUCUUUGGCGAAACCAGCUUCUUUAGAUGCGAGUGGAGCGUCUGAGAAUACUCCACCGGCGUCUCCAAGUGCAGCAAGACGGGCGCGGGAUGAAGAUGUAUUCCAAAGACUGGCUGGAGUCGCCUCUGAACAGGCGCCUACUGGGACCGUAAAAGUUCUCUCUCUUAAGCAACGCCUAAGCACAUGUGCAAUGGGGGGUGGCACAUGGCUGCAAUGUACGCACGUGGCUGAGGGUCACGUUGGGGCCGUCUCAGCUCUAGCAGCAGUGCCUAAUGCUCUAUAUAGUGGAGGAGUAGAUCGCACAGUCCGUGGUUGGGAUUUGAACGUGGGUCGGGAGGCGUGGCGAGCAUGGUGUGGGUACGGGGUCAAUGCCCUCAGCGCGGGUCAGGGCGUGACUGGACAUGACUCUAGGGUAGUUAUCGCGGCAGCCGGAUGCGCUGUCAGACUCUUUGAUACCAGGAGCCAUGCACCGGUGGCUACUCUAUGGUCUUCCGGCGCAGUGGGUGCAAACCAAGCGCUAACUCGCAGCGUCGAAUCCAGUAUCACAGCAAUUGCGUUGACUGAACCACAAAUACUCUACACGGCUGCGGGAGACAAAUUACGCGUUUGGGAUUUACGAAUGCUGGAAUGCGUGUACAAGACAUGGUCAGGCCACACAGCCCCCGUAAUGUGUAUGGUUCGGAUGUCUUUGCCCCAAUGCGAUCGUCUCGCUACGGGCUCUAAAGAUCACUGCGUACGCGUCUUUGAUUGGACACAUGUUAAUGGUGUAUGGGAAGCGAGCAACCGCCGUCUCCUGGAACCGCCCCACUACGAUGGUGUACAGGCUCUGGUGCUGCGAAACAGCUCCAGUGGAGGGGAACUGCUGUACAGCGCUUCGAGGGACUCCAGUCUUAAGUGCUGGAGGCUCUCUGAUAACACGCUUGUUCAUAGUGUAAUGAACGCUCACAAAGGCUGGGUGACCGGCAUUUGCGGAGUAGGGGGACUCCACAACACUGGUGGGUGGAUCGCCAGUUGUGGGCGCGAUCAGGCCUUGCGUCUUUGGACUCCCUCGCUGAAGCCGGCAGCGCCACCUGCCCCCUUGCCGGACUUGCCUCACGCACUCGCCGCCUGCAGUGCCACCGGAUCGCUUUAUACCGCUGGAAGUAGCGGACGCGUACGCUGCUUCCGUAUACUUGCAAACAGAUGA